GUGUGUGUGUGUCUGUGAUCCUGUCUCUGAUGUCCCUCAGGGCGUGGUGGUCUCUGAUGAAGAACUGAGGAGGACGUUCCUGCAGCCGGAGGAGGCGGGGCCACAGCAGCAGGGGGCGGAGCCCGAGGACGGAUUCAGACAGCUGGGCAUGCUGGGCGACGACGACGCGUCGGACAACGAACACGAAGCGUUUCCUGACGACCUUCCAGCUGAGGUCGUCGGGGGGGCGGACUUCAUUUCCCAAGACGCUCAGAGAGACGAGCUGAGUUAUGAAGAUCUGGUGAAGCUACGAGUGGAGCAGCUGGUGGAGAACUGCCGCGGCUACACGCAGGAAACGGCGCUGUCUCGCCGCGUCCGAGACUGGGAGGACAAGGUCCGGCCGGAGCUGCAGGUGCAGGAGACGCGCUCGGUGUUUGACAUCCACGAAUACGGCGACCGGAUUGUCGGCGCGCUGAGCGACGUCGGCCGGCGCCGAUCUUUCUCUGCCAUCGUCGCCGGUCUCGACAACUUCGAAGCCUGCAAAUAUCUGCUGGCUUCACUGCAGCUGGCCAACGACUACACGGUGGAGGUGGACAGCGUGGCCGGUCUGGAGGACAGCGUGGACUCGAUGGGACUGACGCUGCUCAGCACCCACAGAGCCAACGACAGAUUCAAAGACCUCAACACCUGAACCUGAACCUGAACCUGAUGCUUCAGUAUCGACGAAGACAUCCGAGGGGACAUUUGAACCCGUCAGUCUUUUUUAAAAGGACAUUUUUCACUGUCUCUACUUUCAUCUGAACUCCGGAUUCAGCCAAUAACUGAGUCAUUGUCUUUCUCUCUCUGUCUGUCUA